AUGAGUGAAAUCUAAGUCAUGCCACAUGUCAAGUUCAAGGUGUGUUAAGUUAAGCAAAGUUCUGUAUUUAUGUUAUGUCUCUGUGACAUAGUUCCCUAUCUCUUGUUCCCUCCAUAGUUCACAAGUUCUCUGGCUCUACUGCCCCUAGCUCCACACCACAGCUUCUCCCACAGCCCCUGGUUUAUCAAUGUCAUUCCAUGCAAAGCAAUGAAGGGUGUUUACUUAAAAAUCACUUUCGGAUUUAUUUUAUUUUUUCCAGUCAUUGAAAGGUUUUGCCUGCCACCAGAUGCAGAAGUUAUAUACAAAGAUUCAACAGGGACUGAAGUUGAUGGAGACAUUUUCAGUGAUGUAGUAAAACAAGGCAAUGUGGUGUUGACUGUUUUUUCAAAUGAUGACGCGUUGUCAGACAUGACUCAGACAUCUGAAUCAAGUUACAGCUCAGGUGCCUCAACUGUAAUCCUAGAUGAGAUCCUGAACAAACGACAAAGAUUUGACACAACGUCUGAUGCGAUGUUUGCAAAACAGUUGGUUGAGGGUGUGCUAAAGUCUAAGUCUGGUGGUGAAGAGGUACUACAGCAGUAUCAAGCAAAGGAAACCCUUAAAGAUCCCACAAGAAGACAAAUGGUUAACAUACUGGUGGCUCACAUGAUCGAUACACAUGGCAACCUUCCUACUAAAGCUAUCCGAGAACAGUAUGCUCUUGGGAUAGUAACGCUGUUUCCUUCCCUCAAGGAUCCAUAUUCCAAAAAAGGCUAUGAACACUUCUACGAUGCCACAAGUAACACAGGAUACAUCGCCUGGCGUCUAAAAACAGUCCAGAGGAAGUCUCGUCAAAGCUCUACUUUGCCACCAAACAGUUCUGAGAAAGUCCUCUAUAGUUCUAAAGGAGGCUACUUUAUGGAACUCAAUGACCAGCAGGACCCUUCAGGGGACAGCACAAAGUGA